AUGUCCUUAGUAGAAAUUAAUCCAGAUGUUCUAGAAUUUAAACCUCCCCUAACGGAACAAUCUAUUGAAUAUAUGACAAUUGUAAAUAAUGCUCCUCAUAAUAUAGCAUUUAAAGUGAAGACAACAGCUCCAAAAUUUUAUUGUGUAAGGCCAAAUGCGGCAGUGGUUGCACCAGGUGAAUCGGUGGAAGUUCAAGUCAUAUUUUUAGGUUUAGCUGAAGAACCUUCUGCUGAUUACAAUUGUAGAGAUAAGUUUUUGGUUAUAACUUUACCUGCGCCAGAAGAUUUGGAAGUUAAAGACGUUUCUACAUCUUGGUCUCAAUUAGAGGUUGCUCAUAGUAAAGAAGCUAUCUCUAAAAAAAUUAAAGUAAAAUAUUUAAUCGAAGAACAAGAACAAGAAGGAACACCAAAAGAAGAGGAUGAGGAAGAAAUUGCACAAGUACAAGAAUCAAAUGUUGAAAAUUUGAAAUCAGAAAGAGAAGGACCACAAGUUCAAAAAGAAGUUAAGGAACCCGAAGUUGAAGAAAUUAACCCAGUUACAAAGGUACAAGACAAUAUACCUUCUGAAGUGAAGUCCAAUAGUACAUUAAACCUAAAGCUACUUUUGGGGGUUGUGUUGCUUGCCUUUGUUAUUCGUUGGUUCUAUUAUUAA